AUGCCUGGUCUCUACCAUAGGUCUCAGCUUGCGCUGCACAUCAAGCGGGCCAUUUGUGCCCAUCAUCAGGCAAACCCUCUGCUGCGCCACGUGGACCUCGCACGAUGGUGUUUCACGCGUUUUGGUGUGAGGCCCGACCGUUCGACCAUUGGUCGCGUUCUCAAAGGCGCCGACCGGUGGGACGUUCCUGAUGACGCCGUGGACGCCAUUCGCGUCCGCGGCGGGGCAUACCCCGAACUGGAGCGCUCGAUGGCACGAUGGAUUUCGAAUGCAGGCCCCGCUGGCGUCCCUCUGACCCUCGCCACUAUUCGCGACCAUGUUGCGACGAUGGCGCGUGCGAACGGCGUUCCGCCGACUUUCCGUUGCUCCAUCGGCUGGGUCCGCCGUGCGCUGCGCCGCCAGGGAGUACGGUGCAUGAGCGUGGUCGGCGAGGCGGCCGACCAGGAUCUCAACGCAGUGCGCACCACUAAGGAGAAGCUUCCUCAGCUUCUCAUGCAUCUCGGCGUGCGCCCUCGUGAUACUUUCAACUUCGACGAGAUUGCGCUGUAUAUCAGCGUGCUUCCUCGCAAAACGUACGGCACGGGCAGGUCGGCCGGGCGGAAGUUUUCGAAGGACCGCCUGACCGUCGGCUUCUUGGUUAAUGCGGACGGGACGCACGCAUUCCGUCCGCUUGUCAUCUCCAAGGCUAAGCGGCCACACGACUUCAGGCCGGAUUUCGACCCCGAGGAGUAUUGCUACUGGCGCAACACCGCUAAGGGGUGGAUGACCAAAGCCCUCGACACCGCUAUGUACGCAGAGGGCCGCCAAGUCGUCGUGCUGCUCGACAACGCGAGCAGUCACACACUGACAACCGAGGGCGCCGAAACCGAGGAUCUAUUCGGGUUCCGCACGCGAAAGCUCAGUAACGUGCGCCUCGUCUACCUGCCGCCGAACACCACCUGCUUCACGCAGCCACUCGACCAGGGGAUGAUCGCCAUGACGAAGGCGCGGUACCGCCAGCACUGGCUCCGCGCCUUCACCGGCAUGUGGACUGCUGAUGGCGCGACUUCCGCGGCGGCAAGGUUCAAGCCGAACCUCCGUCGCGUGCUGGAAUGGCUCCAUGACGCGUGGAUGAAUAUCCCGCACGUCACUAUCCACGUCAUGAAUCGGUCGCCUUUUGCCGGCGUGGAUGGCGGUGCCGACCCCUGA